AUGUCGCAUCCAGUCGACUCAAAUCUUACAAAAUUAUUAGAAGGUUUGGGCUUAGAUGGUGAAGAUAACGAUUUCUGUGACUUUACGAUCGCUGACCAGAAUUUGGUGGCUGAAUCUCAAGGAAUUACGCCAACGACAUCAUCUAAUUUCAAACCGGUACUUGGUCGUAACGUCACCUAUGUUGUCGCCUGUGUAAUUAUAAACGAAAAGAAAGAAAUACUAAUGAUGCAAGAAGCAAAGGAAAGUUGCGCCGGUAAAUGGUACUUACCCGCCGGUCGCAUGGAAAAGGGAGAAACCAUCGUACAGGCCACCAUUCGAGAAGUUCUUGAAGAAACUGGCUUAGAAUGUGAACCAAAAACAUUGUUAGUUGUUGAAACUGCUGCCGGAACAUGGUACAGGUUUGUGUUAACUGGGGAAGUUGUUGGAGGAGAGCUAAAGACACCAGCGAAAGCAGACAAAGAAUCACUUCAAGCUAAGUGGAUUUCCAACUUGAAGGAGAUAUCUUUAAGAGCAAAUGACAUUCUUCCUCUCAUUGAAAAAGCAAAGCUGUACAGAAAAAAAAAAGCAAAGAACCUUUGGCACAAAGACAUCUUACCAGCUCCAACACCUCAUGCUAAAGAUUUGCUCAGAUUGAUUGUUGUUAUUAAAAAAAAAAGUACCAAUAAAUUGCAUGUGCUAUUAAGUGAGAAAACAUGUAUACAUUUUCCCAUGUGUGAGAUAAAUCCAGCUAAAAGUGUUCAUUCAACACUGAGGAGGUUUAUGGUUGAGAUGUUUGGUGCAGAUGUGGCGCAACACCGUCCCAUAGGUCUCUUGAAUGUGGAAGCAGCUCCUGAAGCUGAAGGAUGCUGUUUGACUUUGUUAGUAGCAUUCCGUGCUCCAUUGGAAGAGGUCCCUCUAAUUGGAAAGUGUGCCUGGCAGGAGGUACAUGAAGAAGUAGAGAAAAAGUUACUCUCUAUAAUAACCACAAAAAAUUCUGCGAUUGAGUUAGAUGUAGUGCGCUAAUAAAUUCUUGGGAUAAUGUUAUGAAAACAUGACAAAAAAGAAUACCCAAUCGUAGCAUUUAGAAUGUAAAAAUUAUAAAUUGAUCUGUGCAAAUGCAAUAGAGAAGUUUUUGUAUUCAAUGUUUGUAUUUAAAAUUACAGUCACAACAUGUGGUUAGGGUAUUUUAUGGAAC